UAAAAUGACGACAGUCCUCAAAUGACUUAUUUGAUCCCGUUUACUUUCACAGAGGAUCAACAUUCAACAAGCUGAAAUGACACAAGUUGGUUUUAUUGUAAUAAAUAAUGAAUUAACUGUUAAAAAUAGCUGGGAAAUUAUUUAAUAGUUGUUUAUUAAUCGAUCGAUUAAUAAACAACUUGUAAAUUGUGGUUCUACUGCUGUGAUAUGUGUGUCUGUCGUGUUUCCUGAAAAAAUAACACGUGUAUGAUAUGCGUGCAAUGUAAACGUUUGUGUUGCACUGUUGUUUAGUGUGCAACUCUACUGUGGUGACAUCAUUUGUUCAUGUGACCGGCCUUGUACGGUUAAUAAUGAGGACUUUGGAUGGAUGACUUUUUUUUUUUCUUCUUCGACAAGGUCACGUGUCACUGACUGUAGGUGUGGAUGUGCACACAAAGUGAGAUACAGUGGAAAUGGUGCGAUGUGAUGAGACCGAAUAUGAACUGUGUCAAUAACAGAGCCAACAGCUCACCCUCCCUCACCCCGCACCUCCCCCUCUCCCUCCUCCUUCCCUUUUGUCAGGGUUGUUGGGUUUGCAGCAGGGGGAGCCACUGUCUGACAAACACACAGCUCACACAGUGCACAGCAGAGCAGCAAAUGUAGUAACCUUGUAUAUACAGAAGUUUUUUUUUUUUUUUAAGGAGCCUGCCGUGUUCUUACUCUGUGUUUGUCAAAACAAAGCAUUAAGUGGUUUUACACACAGGGUUUAUUGUGAACGCACACAGUAUAUAUCGUGAGGUCUGGGCAUGCUAGAGACAGGCCAAUUUGCUUAUGUUGGGUUAACAAAAAAAAAAUAAAAACUGCUUCUCGGGGAGCUGGCACACUGACAGACCAGACCAGGGAGAGUGUCUCAGGAUUUUCCUCAAAGACUGUCAUUAUGCCUUUGCCGUGGACCCUAAUUUGGUCGUGUGGUAGUAGUAUAACCCUGUAUUACAACUCAAUGGUGACUUGGGGGUUAGUUGCAAAGGCAACUUGGAUUUCACCCGUAUUUUGAUAACUCGUUGACCUGCAAUGUGACUCAGGGUUGAGUGGAGUGCAUCCUUUAAAUUUGAGCAGUUUCCAAGGGCUCCUUGGCAUUCUGUGGUACUGUGGCAGAACUGAUUUAAUGAGUCAUGUCAAUGUAUUUAGAUUGUUAUUGUUCUUGUGCUAAGGUUUACAUUCUAUGUGCAGUCCACAUAUGAUAUAUGUACUUAGCACUGGUGUGUGCUGUGGUUUGUGGCAAAAUACCCUAUAUAUGUUGGUAGUUGUGGGAGAUGUAGUUAAGGAGCAAGACUCCUGUUCACAUAGCUGCUAAACACAGUUGAGAUUGUACCUCUCAAUUAGCCCAGUCCACUAAACCCUCUUUAACUGUGGCUCUGCUGAGUCUCCUGACCACAGCGAAUUGUGUGGUUUCAUCACUGAGAUGAACAGAGCCAUUUGUCAAAUAAGCACUGAGGGGGUUUUUUUCACAAAGGAAGGCAGACCAUUUGCCCAUUCUCUCUUUACCAACUUGUCCAUUGAGAUUUUAUUGAUCUGAGGGAGUGCUCAUUAUGAACCAGACAGGUUGCCUGCAAUGAUAAUGAAUGCCAUGCAGUAAUGAAUGUGUGUGAGAUCAUCUCAUCAGGUCUGAUGUAGACCUGUUCAAGGCUACCUUCAUUAGUGAAGGAAGUGUUGGUGAAAUCAGGUGAAUAAUAAUGACAAUCAAGCUAUAACUGUACUCUGAUUUGUAUUGUGUCACAAUGCUGGUGUGUUACUGAUGAGUCUGCUCUGACAAAUGUUUGUGUGCUACAGUAGGAGCAUCUGAAAAGUUUGUGUUGCGCUAAGUGUUACAGUAGAGGUCGUAAAUUAACCCCAUUAGCCUCACACCAAGAGACAAGGGAUAGGGUUAGAGGAAGCGUGCCACCAAAACAGCUCACACGCUUAGAAAAGCUUGACAAAUGCUAAUAGUGGAAAACACCUAGUUUGUAAUAACAAAAAAAAUGGUCAGGGAAGUGGGGGGUGGCCCCUUCUCAGAGGAUAAAUAGAGAUGCUCCAUUAACUGUUUUUCAGUGUUCUUCGGUGCUCUCUCUGCGUGUUUUAUUUGUGAAGACAACUUGAAGACAACGGUCUCAACUCUUUGUUGUUUUUCCAGAGUUCCUCAUCUCAUAGUGCCCUCGCAUGGACGAUGAGGAGGAUGAAGUCUUUGAGCCAGACCCCCACUGCUGGCGCACAACAUUCAGGGAGAUAAAGUGUGAAGACCGGGGCACACAAACACCUGGGCCUGCCCUGGCGCAGAACAACGGCAUGCUGCCCUGUGGAGUCGCAGAGGAGCCCAGACCACUCUUCUACGGCAACGCAGGCUUUCGAUUGCACUUCCCAGCACACUUUGAGCUUUUCGGGGAUCAGGAAGCGAGGAGGCGACAAGAACGCGAAGAAGAGCGAAACGGGAUGGAGCAGCUUCCCCGGCAGCGGCCUGUGGUGCACAGUGUGGAGGCCGUCAUUGGCCAGAAACUCCAGCUGAUAGGAGACCAGUUUCACCGGGAACACCUGCAACUGUAUCAUCGAAACCAAAGGAACCGGGGGCCGCUGUGGUGGCGCCUGGCAGCGGCUCUGCUCAGCCUUGUGUUUGACAGGGGGCUCAUUGCUGGAGGAGGAGGAGGAGGUGGAGGAGGAGUAAGACGGAGGUGAGGAGGUUUUCCUCUCACGUCCCUUUUCCUUCAUCUCUGAGACGAACUGGACUCCUAAUGGCACUGUCAAAUCUAACACGGGUCUGUUUUUUUGGGGGGGGGGAUAGAAAGGAGACAAAAAGGUCACCGCGGGACGGAGACGACCAACUUUUAUAAAAAGUCGCAGGUUUUUUUUCUUUCCAAGAAGAUGCCAUGAUGCUCUGAGAUUCCUUCUACAGGACAAUGUUCAUAUUUUCAUACACGUGCGGUGUCGUCGUUUUGUACAGUACAUUGUUCCAGUUCCAUUUUUUUGCACUUCGACAUGUAUCCACCUUACAUGACCUCCACAGACCCUGGGAAUGAUGCCUUAUUCAAAUGUGUCCUCUCCCUAGUAUUGAGCAACGUUUGACAUGCAAGACGAGAUUGUUAGGAAGUGUUUUUAUUUCUUUAUUGAAGAUUCCCAGGUGAUCCGUCAAGUUGGUUUACUUCCUUUUCCAAAGAGGCAACUUCUCAGAACAAAGCAUUUUGCACCCCCACCUCAACACAACUUAUCUUUUGUGUUUGUUUUCUUUCUUUUUCUUUCAUUUACUCCGGUAUUGCAUUACGUUUAAAUACGGUCCCUCACUGAGGGAAAAUGGGAAGUGUUUGCGCGUGAAGACGUCUGCACAUCGGCAACUUUAAUCUAAAAACAUUCUAAUUUGCUAAAAUAGUUUUGAGGCAGGAGUUUCUCUGUCAUGUGCUUAAACCAUAACAUCUUUUUUCUUUUUUUUUAAUGGCGUGGAAAGUUUCUAGGCGGAGUGUAAUUAACAUCCCUCACUCGUCAAACAAGCCCGGUGACUGCCGCCGCCGACACAACAACACGUCAAUCAGGCGUAAAGCAGGCACUGAUGCUGUCAUGACUGUUAAGAAAAGGACGUUUUUCAGUGGUGGGAGGUAAUUAAGUACACCGUCUCAGGCACUCUACCCAGUUUUGAGGUAUUUAAUGCUGUUUAAUUACAGAACUCCAAGGAUUUGUGUUCAUUUGACAGCUUUAUUCAUACUUGUUAGAGGUACCGGGUGUGAAAUUUGGCAACAUUUAGCCUUCAAUGGUCCCAAAUUAUAUAAAAGGUUCAUUCUGAGGUAACAAAAAAACAACAAUUCAUACAAGGCAAUCAUUGUAUACUUAUAAUACAUUAGCUAUAAUUAUUUUAUGUUUAAUUCUACGACUACUUGGAUUUUCCUGCAGAAUUAUUGAGGAUUCAGAUUUAAAAAAGCGCCAUAAAACACGUUAGAAGCACAUGACACAGAAAGCUGUAAUUGCCAUGUUACGGUCAUUUUGUAUUUAGAUUAAAGUCGUGGUGUGCCGUGUUUAUCGUGCGCACAGGAAAUGUUUGAAGGUCUAGCACUGUGCACUAAAUUAGAACAGUAGAGUGAAGACUUAUUUCUUAUUCUAGUAAAGCGAUGUGCUCUCCCUCCAGAAAUAACAACAACAACAACAACAACAACAAAGCUAUUACAGCCAAGUCUUAUUCAAUAUUCAUUUCUCCAGUCACUCAUUUUUCACUCUGGCCUUAAUUAGCCCGUAGUUUUAGAUGUGUUCUUUAUUUUUUUUUCUUCCAUGUGAUUGUUUUCAGACCUCCAUGCCCUUGAAGUGGAGCUGUGGAUCCACUGAUUUUGCACUAGACUUAACACCCUUAACACAAGAGUUCAGAUUGUCACUGGGCGAGAACCUCUCGUUUUCCACUUUCCACCAACAUUUCACACUCGCAUGUGUUUCAGGCUCCAGUGCCAGCACCACGUGCCUCGAUUGAAAGGUUCCCCCUAAAACCGGGGUCGCUUUCCACCAACACAACUAUAACAAUAACAAUAAUAAUAAUUAUAAUAAUAAUCGAUCUGUGAAACAGAAACGACUCCUCUCAGGCUAUACCUUCAUGGGGUUUUACAUCAUGUGAUGUUCUGUCGGGUUAUCUUGUAUUUUUUUUUAAAUUCCGUGUAACCACCACUGUCUCAUCAGACAGACAGACAGACAGACAGACAGUCUCUGAAAUUAAUCAAAAGUGAAAAAAAGGCUGUAAUUAUUGUUGAAAUAUGAAUAUGUUUUAAGACACUGUUGAAGAUGC